UUAACUAAAAUUACAAUUUUUGACUAACGGUAGGACCAUUUUUUCAAUUUUGUCUAUAUUAGGACUUCGGGAACUAAAAACCAACAUUCUUCUCACCUCUCUCGCCGUCUACAUUCCUUCGUCGUUGACUUGCCGUUUACCUGUUGACUUCCCGCCCUUCGCUCUGUAGCUUUUACACGUCAUCCUGUUCGCUCGACUCGCCGUUGAUACGUACCUCCGAUAUUCUCGCUGCUUCAGAAACAUUAUGUAUGGGAUCUUGAGAUUGAGGCACAAUUGAGGAAAGUGUGAGAUUCAAAAGCUUCAGAACACAAUACUUACUUUCAUACUUUCUGAGACACAAGACAUAAGCGAUCAAACCAACAGUCAUAGCUUAUCUAGAUACAAAGUCGUGGGAAGAUUGAAGAGUACUCAUCAAUCCAGAACUCAUAAUGGUUGUUCUUUCUGAACUUUGUGAAGGGUCUUCAUGUUCAUCAACUCAUAAUUGUCAUAGACAUGACGUAUUUUUAAGUUUCAGAGGUGUUGACACUCGUCAUGGUUUCACUAAUCACCUUUACAACGCCCUCAUGCAUGCCAAUAUCACCACCUUCUUGGAUGAUGAAGAUAUUGAAACAGGGGAAGAUCUAAAACCAGAAUUGGAGAGUGGUAUUCGAGGGUCUAGGGCUUCUGUUAUCGUGUUGUCCAAAAAUUAUGCUACUUCCACAUGGUGUCUUGACGAACUAGUGUUGAUCCUUGAGCAACGUAUGAAAUCCAAUCAUGUUGUAAUCCCCAUCUUUUAUCAUGUUAAGCCCAGCCAUGUCAGGAAACAACAAAGUAGCUUCGGAGAUGCAAUGGCUAAGCAUAGACAAAAGAUGGAGGCAGAAACAAAUUCAAAUAAAAGAAGCCAAUGGGCUCAAAAGAUAGAGCUUUGGAAUAAAGCGCUUACAGAAGUUGUUGAUUUAAAAGGGAAGGAUGCAAAUGGCAGGCUUGAGGUGGAGCUUAUUGAUGAAAUUGUCAAGGACAUCUUCCGUAGACUACGCAUAUCCUCAAGGUUUCCACUACCACAACUUAUUGGGAUGGAAGAUUCCAUUAACUUCGUCACUUCAUGGCUGAAAGAUACAUCAUCACAUACGACAAAUAUACUAACUAUUUUGGGUAUGGGUGGGAUCGGGAAGACAUCUUUAGCCAAAUAUGUCUAUGCGUUACAUUUUCAUGAAUUUGACAAAAGCAGCUUCAUUGAAGAUAUCGGUAGGAAAUGUGAGGAAAAAUCUAAUGGGAUUCUUGAUGUUCAAAAACAACUAUUUGAUGACAUUUCAAAACCAAGUUCAGUUCAAGUUCUUGAUGAUUCUAUAUACACCUCAAUGAUAGAGAAUGCAGUAGCCCGUAAAAAGGUGUUUUUGGUUCUUGAUGAUAUUAGUUCUCUAAACCAGUUAGAUGCAUUACUUGGAACCAAAGGUUUUUAUGCAGGAACUAAAAUCCUAGUAACAACAACGGACGCAUGGUUAACAAAGAGUUGUGCACUAUUCAAAACGAAUGAUAAACCCAAUCAUGCAAUGUACGAGCUUAAAGUCUUAUAUGAGAUCGAUUCACAAAAACUUUUUUGUUAUCAUGCAUUUAUGUGCAAUGAGCCCAAACCAGGUUAUGAAGAGGUGUCAAAAAAGCUAGUAAAGUAUUGUAAAGGACAUCCUAUGGCUCUUAAAGUUUUGGGUAGGUCUCUACAUAAUCGAGACGUAACUUAUUGGGAGGGAUACAUAGAUAGGCUAAAGAAAGAAAAUGAUUCCCCUAUAAAUAAUGUCUUGAGAAUGAGCUUUGACUCAUUGUCAUCAGAAAAUGACAAGGACUUGUUUAAGCAUAUAGCUUGUAUUUUUGUUGGAAUGGAUAGAAAUGAUGUCGUAACAAUAUUAGAGGCAUGUGAUAUAGAAACAAGAACUGGGAUCACAAAUCUCGUCGACAAAUGCCUUCUUAGUAUCGGAUGGAAUAAUGAAUUGAAGAUGCAUGAGUUGGUUAAAGAGAUGGGAAGAUUUGUGGUACGUGAGGAAUCACUUUACAAGCCAUGGGAACGAAGUCGAAUAUGGGGUCUUGAGUCAUUCAAAGUGUUAAAACAAAAAAAGUGUAUGGAAAAUGUUCUAGGUCUAACCCUUGACAUGAGAAUGCUUGAGAAAGAGAAGUUACACGGAUCACUUGAGUUGAUAACAGAUGCAUUGAGUAAGAUGGAUAGUCUAAUGCUGCUACAACUCAAUUAUGUGCAAAUAACCGGCUCUUUCAAGAACUUUCCAGAAGAAUUAAGAUGGCUGUGUAUGCAUGGGUUCCCUUUGAAGUCUAUACCUCCAGAUUUACCAAUGGAGAAUUUGGUUUCUCUUGACAUGUCACAUAGUAGUAUUGAAUCAUUUGGGAUUUGUUAUAGCUAUCCACAACGACUUCAUAAGAGGCUAAAGCAAUUAAUUGGAUCGUGCACAAAAGAUAAAAAGUUGCUUGGAUCGUUAAAGAUUCUUAAUUUAAGUUGUUGUGAACAACUUCAUAGUCUUCGUGGCUUUGACCACCUCCCUAAACUUGAGAGACUAAUACUUAAAGGUUGUAUUGGUUUGAUUGAGAUUUGUGAAUCAAUUGAGCAAUGUUUUGAACUUGUCCACAUCGAUCUGAGCUACUGCAACAAGCUUGAAAAACUUCCAAGAAGCUUAGGCAUGUUAAAGAAAGUUAAAACAUUAUUGUUAGACGGUUGUUAUCUCGGUGAAUCUCGAAUCAAGAUUAGGGAUAAGAAAUCAUCGGAAAUGCUCAAGGCUAACAACAUUGGCAUAAACACAAUAACCUCUUCCUCCACUCUUCUUCAGGCUAUGCCAAGUUAUUCAAAGUUUUCUGUCAUUUCUUUACCGAGAUCUUUAGUAAGCUUGUCGCUGGAGAAUAAUAAUUUAUCUACUGAAUCUUUUCCGAUGGACUUCAGUUGCCUAACCAUGUUAAAAGAAUUAUAUCUAGAUAAAAAUCCUAUUUUUUCCCUGCCCCGUUGUGUGAGAAGUCUUCCUAGGCUAGAGAAACUUAGUAUGGUAAACUGUCAUAUGCUUACAUCAGUCGAGCAUCCUCCACAUACACUAACAUCUUUAAAUCUAAUGUUUGAUUUUACAAAUAAGCCAUUGUUACGAAAAGUUGUAUUUGAUCCACGAAUGUCCCCACUCAAGUUCUCUCUAGAACGAACGAUCUUGGCACAUUCAUCGUUUGAAUUUGAAGGUAUGGUCAAAAUCCAACCAAUGGCUGGUGUUGAGGAAAAUAUAUUACAUUGUUUGGGAUGGACUAACUUACACUUCCUUAUAGGAAAGCACGUGAAAAUUUCUAUUGGUUAUAGAGAAACUGAGGAAUCUGAAAUCCAGAUGUAUUAUGAAUUUGGAAUAUUCAGCACACUUUAUUGGGGUAAAGAGAUGCCAAAUUGGAUUACACAUAGAAGCAUGGGGCCAUCAAUAUCAUUUACAAUCCCAUCAUCUCCUAACAACCUCACAGGAUUGAAUUUCUGCUAUGUGCUGACAUCUGGAUGUUUGGAUGAGACACAUGGAUCUGUAGAUGAUCUGGACCUUAUUAAUUUGCCGGUGAUCAAAAUUUGUAAUAUAACAAAGAACCUCACAUGGAUAUACGAACAUUACAUUGAGAAAUUCAAUGUGGGUGGCCAUCGUCUAAUAUUAUUAAGUCAUUGGAUGUUUGGGAUGAAUGAGAUGGAGUGUGGUGAUCAAAUUACUAUUACAGUGAGGAAGAGACUAUAUGAUACUGGUAAUGCAGUUACUAAGGAGUGUGGGGUGAGUUUUGUGUAUGAUAAUGGAGAGAACAAAAAAGAAGAUGUGUUGGGUUAUUACAGGUCAUGGAAUCACAUCAUUGGUGGAGAUCUCACUGGAUUUCAAUCAACAACAGGAGAAUACAUCCUAAGCAAACGUCGAAUUAUUUGGCCUACGCUUGAUAUAGCUCUACGAAACUAUUAUCAUCUAUGUGGAGAAGGCGCACACUUUAAAGAUAAGCUGUACUUCAAAGCUUUGUCUAAUAGGAAGCCUGGCAUAUUAAAGGAUGGUCCCUAAGCUGGCAGUCCACUCAACGGACUUACACUUUGGCUUGCCUGACCUUUCCUCAUCCCAACAACUCAGCAAUUCUAAGCAGUCUUUUUUCAUGUUUUCAAAUGGCAAUGAAGGUGCUUUUUGGUUUUGGUGUUUUCUUGUCUCGGAAAGUUGGAUCUUCAAAACAUGCAUGUUCAGAAUUUGUACAAUACUAGGUUGGAUAUAUUUUAUGUAUAGAUAUUUAUUAUUAUACCAUUUUUUUCAAGGUACAAUGUGUAUAAGGAAGAAAUGAAGUAGAAUGUUGUAAUAAACAUAUCAAUGAAAGUACAUUGCCCAAAGCUA